AGACUCGCACGGCAUAUUAGUCUCUCCCCUCCAAAUUCUUUGAAGGUCUCUCCUCUCACCUCCCUCCCUUUGCCACAAAAAAGCGAGAGUAUAAAACUCCUGAUUUACUACUCGUUCCCCCAAUCCGCUUCCCUACGCCGGUUUAGAAAUCUAUCUAUUGGGUCAAUUAUUCUUUAUCGCUACAGUGCCCGCUCUCCUUCAUCCCCCGUCAUGGCAGACGAAGAGGAUUUCCCCUCAUCGAGUGAUCUGGAGGAGCCGGAGGACGGUGAUUUCUAUCUGAGCGAUCAUGAGGAUGACAUCGCGGAGAACGUCCUCCAGGACCUCGAGGAUGGUCGACAGGAGGAUUGUAAUUGGUCCGUCUCGUCGGUUAUCACAAAGGAGUCCCUUUUGGCAGCACAGAAGGAAGACCUGAGAAAGAUAAUGGAGCUAUUAGCUCUGAGUGAACAGCAUGCCCGGACUUUGCUUAUUUAUUAUCGUUGGGAUGUGGAGAGGAUUUUUGAGUUGCUUGAGCAGAAGGGGAAGGACAAGUUAUUUACAGAGGCAGGGUUAACAAUGAGUGAGAAUAAAGUCAUCGACUUGUCAAGCUACUCGGACUCAUUUACAUGUAGUAUCUGCUUUGAGGAUGUGCCCCCUGUUGCAAUUACAGAGAUGGAUUGCGGACACUGUUAUUGCAAUAACUGUUGGACAGGAUAUUUUGUUGUUAAAAUAAAUGAUGGUCAAAGCCGCCGAAUUAGUUGCAUGACUCCAAAAUGUAAUGCAGUUUGUGAUGAAGCUAUUGUAAGGAGUUUAGUUAGUGCAAGGCAUCCAGAUAUUGCAGAUCGGUUUGAGAGGUUCUUACUUGAGUCGUACAUUGAAGAUAAUAAUAAAGUUAAGUGGUGCCCCAGUGUGCCCCAUUGUGGAAAUGCUAUACGUGUGUUGGGUGAUAUUUACUGUGAAGUGGAGUGUACCUGUGGAAUGCAAUUCUGUUUCAGCUGCUUAUCAGAAGCUCAUUCUCCAUGUUCUUGCAUAAUGUGGGAGCAUUGGACAAAGAAAUGUCACGAUGAAUCGGAAACGGUGAAUUGGAUCACUGUUAACACAAAACCUUGCCCCAAAUGCCACAAGCCUGUUGAGAAGAAUGGCGGAUGCAACCUAGUUGCUUGUAUAUGCGGUCAAGCAUUUUGCUGGUUAUGUGGUGGUGCCACUGGACGUGAUCACACUUGGUCAACUAUUACUGGUCAUAGCUGUGGACGUUUCAAAGAAGACAAGACAAAACUAAUAGAAUGUGCAAGGCGUGAUUUAUAUAGGUACAUGCAUUAUCACAAUCGAUACAAGGCCCACACAGAUUCUCUUAAACAGGAAAGCAAUUUGAAGGAAACCAUUCAAGGCAAAAUAGCUAUAUCUGAGAAUAAGGAAUCUAGAAUUAAAGAUUACAGUUGGGUAAUCAAUGGUUUGAACCGUCUCUUCAGAUCAAGGCGCGUUCUAUCGUAUUCUUAUCCAUUUGCUUUUUAUAUGUUUGGAGAUGAACUCUUCAAGGAUGAGAUGACUUCACAGGAGAGGGACUUGAAGCAGAACUUGUUUGAGGACCAGCAACAACAACUAGAAUCAAAUGUAGAAAAACUAUCUAUGUUUUUAGAGAAGGACUUUCAAGAUUUUUCGGAUGAAGAGGUUAUGGAGAAUAUGAAGCAUGUCAUCAAUCUGUCAUCCGUUAUAGAUAGACUAUGCAAGCAAAUGUAUCAAUGCAUAGAAAAUGAUUUGUUGUAUCCCCUACAAAGGGCAACUCACAAUAUUGCCCCUUACAAAUCAAAGGGCCCCGAGAAGGCUUCAGAACUCCCACAAUGUUUGGCUUCUAACCAGGCAAGAAAUACGAAGUCUAAUAAGAUGGAUGUACUUCCUCACCAUGUGCCGGCAGUUAGUGCGAGUGGAACCACUCUGUCAGCGAAGCGAACUCGGCAGUUUCAUGCGGCUUCAAGUUCGGAUGAGACCGGCUCCUCUAGAAAGCGUAGCAAGAAUGAGUCUAUAGGAGCUGCACCUCUUUUUGAUCUAAACAUGCCUGCGGAGGUUGUCGACAAGAUUUAAAAGAGUUGCAUGGUCAAAGCUCUUCCAAUCCGUUUUAAAAUGUACAGCAUUAAUUGGGGCGUUUCUUAAUGAAAUAUUAUUAUUUUUAUCCUUUUUUUUUUUAAAUUUUAGGGUUCAAGGAUGAACAUAAAGUUCUGUCGGGUACAUCAAAUAGGUAGAAUAAGUAAUGUUUAGUUAACUAAUGUUGUCAAACUUGCCAUACGCAUUUGUAUCUACAUAUAUGAAAGUGAAGGCCAUUUUGAUUUCAACUCAUUUAA